CGGGAGGGAGGGAGCUAGCGAGCAAGCGAGCGAGCGGGGCAUUUGUGCGCAGCUCAAGUGCGCCUCGGAGCCCGCCGAGCGGCCGCGGGACAGACCGACUGAGGACAGACAGCGCCCGGAAGCCGCGCCGCCGCAGCCAGGUGCCUGACCGCCGUCCUUACCCCCAGGGAGCCGGUGUGGUCGCAGCAGGGGCGUGCUGGUCACCAUGACAACAGAGACAGGCCCAGAUUCUGAGGUGAAGAAGGCUCAGGAGGAGGCCCCGCAGCAGCCUGAGGCAGCCGCUGCAGCUACUACCCCUGUGACCCCCGCAGGCCACGGCCAUCCCGAGGCCAACUCCAAUGAGAAGCAUCCGCCCCAUCAGGACGCCCGGCCUGCCGAACAGAGCCUAGACAUGGAGGAGAAGGACUUCGGGGAGGCCGAUGGCCUGUCGGAGAGGACCACGCCCAGCAAGGCCCAGAAGUCGCCCCAGAAGAUUGCCAAGAAAUACAAGAGUGCCGUCUGCCGAGUCACUCUGCUCGAUGCCUCUGAGUAUGAGUGUGAGGUGGAGAAACACGGCCGGGGCCAGGUGCUGUUUGACCUGGUCUGUGAGCACCUCAACCUCCUGGAGAAGGACUACUUUGGCCUGACCUUCUGUGAUGCCGACAGCCAGAAGAACUGGCUGGACCCCUCCAAGGAAAUCAAGAAGCAGAUCCGGAGCAGCCCCUGGAAUUUUGCCUUCACAGUCAAGUUCUACCCCCCUGACCCUGCCCAGCUGACAGAAGACAUCACAAGAUACUACCUGUGCCUGCAGCUGCGGGCGGACAUCAUCACAGGCCGCCUGCCCUGCUCCUUCGUCACGCAUGCCCUGCUGGGCUCCUAUGCCGUGCAGGCUGAGCUGGGUGACUAUGAUGCUGAGGAACACGUGGGCAACUAUGUCAGCGAGCUCCGCUUCGCCCCUAACCAGACCCGGGAGCUGGAAGAAAGGAUCAUGGAGUUGCACAAGACGUACAGGGGCAUGACCCCAGGAGAAGCAGAAAUCCACUUCCUAGAGAACGCCAAGAAGCUUUCUAUGUACGGAGUAGACCUGCACCAUGCCAAGGACUCCGAGGGCAUCGACAUCAUGUUAGGAGUCUGUGCCAACGGCCUGCUCAUCUACCGGGACCGGCUGAGGAUCAACCGCUUUGCCUGGCCCAAGAUUCUCAAGAUCUCCUACAAGAGGAGUAACUUCUACAUCAAGAUUCGGCCUGGGGAGUAUGAGCAGUUUGAGAGCACGAUUGGCUUUAAGCUCCCAAAUCACCGGUCAGCCAAGAGACUGUGGAAGGUCUGCAUUGAGCACCAUACGUUCUUCCGGCUGGUGUCCCCUGAGCCCCCACCCAAGGGCUUCCUGGUGAUGGGCUCCAAAUUUCGGUAUAGUGGGAGGACCCAGGCACAGACCCGCCAGGCCAGCGCCCUCAUCGACCGGCCCGCGCCCUUCUUUGAGCGUUCCUCCAGCAAACGGUACACCAUGUCCCGCAGCCUUGACGGAGCAGAGUUCUCUCGCCCAGCCUCGGUCAGUGAGAACCACGACGCAGGACCUGACAGUGACAAGCGGGAGGAGGAUGGCGAGUCUGGGGGGCGGCGGUCAGAGGCUGAGGAGGGAGAGGUCAGGACCCCCACCAAGAUCAAGGAGUUAAAGCCGGAGCAGGAAACCACGCCGAGGCACAAGCAGGAGUUCUUAGACAAGCCAGAGGAUGUCUUGCUGAAGCACCAGGCCAGCAUCAACGAGCUCAAGAGGACCUUGAAGGAACCCAACAGCAAACUGAUCCACCGGGACCGAGACUGGGAGCGGGAACGCAGGCUACCCUCCUCUCCCGCCUCCCCCUCCCCCAAGGGCACCCCUGAGAAGGUCAACGAGUUUCAGCUCCCAGAGGACUUUGCUGCCCCCAAAGCCACACAUUCCUCCAUGAUGCCGCCAGCUACCAGACACUUCUGGGAGGGCAUUUCUACCCCAUCCCCCCGGGAAGGAUGCAUGGACGUCGAGCUCGUGUCCCCCAGUCCAGGCUGCGAAACUACACUGGAGGAAGCUACUGGGGGAACUGGCCACAACAAAUCCGGAGACGCGGUCAGGCAAGAGAAGCACGUUACCAGCUUAGCAGCGAAUCCCCCAGGAAAGGGGGGGCACCUGAGAUUCACCAGCCCCUCAGGCCCGCAGAGAGCAGGGCUGAGGGAGGGCUCCGAGGAGAAAGUCAAACCGCCACGGCCCAGGGCCCCAGAGAGUGACACGGGAGACGAGGACCAGGACCAGGAGAGGGACGCGGUGUUCCUGAAGGACAACCACCUGGCCAUUGAGCGGAAGUGCUCCAGCAUCACGGUCAGCUCCACGUCCAGCCUGGAGGCCGAGGUUGACUUCACGGUCAUCGGCGACUACCACGGCAGCGCCUUCGAAGACUUCUCCCGCAGCCUGCCUGAGCUUGACCGAGACAAAAGUGACUCAGAAACCGAGGGCCUGGUGUUCUCCCGGGAUCUCAACAAACGGGGCCCGAGCCAGGAUGACGAGUCUGGGGGCAUCGAGGACAGCCCAGACCGACGGGCCUGCUCCACCCCGGAUAUGCCCCAGUUCGAGCCUGUGAAAACGGAAACCAUGACAGUCAGCAGCCUGGCUAUCAGGAAGAAGAUCGAGCCGGAGGCUGUACUGCAGACCAGAGUUGCCACUGUGGACACCACCCAGCAGGUUGACGGAACUGCCCUAGGGGGGAAGGAGUUCAUAACAACUACUCCCUCCAUCACCACAGAGACCAUAUCAACCACCAUGGAGAACAGUCUCAAGUCCGGGAAGGGGGCAGCUGCCAUGAUCCCAGGCCCACAGACGGUGGCCACGGAAAUCCGUUCUCUUUCUCCGAUCAUCGGGAAAGAUGUCCUCACCAGCACCUACGGCGCCACCGCGGAAACCCUCUCCACUUCCACCACCACCCAUGUUACCAAAACUGUGAAAGGAGGAUUUUCUGAGACGAGGAUCGAGAAGCGGAUCAUCAUCACCGGGGACGAAGAUGUCGAUCAAGACCAGGCCCUGGCUUUGGCCAUCAAGGAGGCCAAACUGCAGCAUCCUGACAUGCUGGUAACCAAAGCUGUCGUAUACAGAGAAACAGACCCAUCCCCAGAGGAGAGGGACAAGAAGCCACAGGAAUCCUGACCUCUGUGAAGAGAUGCUGGCGUUUUUGGUCCAACCCAAGCCAGAGAACCGUAAAGAAGGGGCCUUCAUUCUGGAUUCUCCAACUCAACACCGACGUCCCAGCUGCGACGUACUGUCCCUGACAAGAGACUGGGAAAGGAAAAGCAUAUAUAUAUAGAUAUAUAUAGAUAUAGAUAUAUAUACAGGAAACAUCACGUCCUUGCACUGCUGCCGGGGCUGGCCGAGCAUUCGGCCGACAGCAACGGCCAACAUCUGAACGCCUACAUUUCCUUUGCAGACAAAUUGAAGAAUUGGUGGGAUUGUUCAGGAAAAAAAAAUCAUAACAACAAUAAUCCCUUGCUCCGCCCCCCCCCCCCCCCCCGCCGCGCCUGUCCCAACCCCCUUUGAAGCCCCGCGGAACAACCAAGACAAGCCAGACCACGCUGAUUGUAGAAGUACAAUGCGACCCGGGUUCUACAUGUUCCAUUCAGUGGACGAGCAUUCCGUUUCUUCUCCUGCGUCUGUUGCCCACUCAAAUGCAAAGGAAAACACUUCUGCAGCCAAGCAAGAGAAGCUGCAGCAGCAAGACACGCCCCGUCAAACGUUUUCCAAGAGAGAAAAGUCCCUGCUCGGAAAGGAGGAGGAGGAACACUAGAUUCUUAUUUUUUGGGUCUUGACACUGGGCUGCAAAAUCCACCUUCCUUUCUUCCGCCUCCCCUCCCCGUCGACUGUCACACAUCUUGUCAGUCAUUUUCUGUCUGGGUUCCCUCCUCCCUCUUCCCCACCCCACCCCCGCCUCACCUUCUGUGUCCUGGUCCUGCUGAGGGCCACUGCAGAUGACUCUCACUGGAAGCGAGAAAAAGCAAAGCAAAGCAAGAAUGUGAAACCAAGCCACAGGAGGUGAAGUAGACAUUGUGUGUUAUGGGUUCUCAUUAUGAAGGUGCAGCUCGUAGAUUCGUAUGGAUGUGCUUUUAAGUUAUGUAUAUUACAUAUAACAGGAAACAAAUAUUAAAAUAAACAGUGCUGGUAAGUAUGAAGCUGACAUUUUAAAAUUAUAAUUAUCUGACUGUGAUUGAUGUAUCCCAAGGUUCCUAGAUCUCACCGAACUGACCCUGCCAAGGACACCCGGACUCUGGCUGUGGGUCGCUCACAGUAGGAGCCGACGGUUCAGUGUAGAAAUACAGUGUGUGGUGUUUGUAAUUGACUGAUUGGUGGGGAGGGGCGGGGUCCCCAGGUGGAGAGGCAGGGAUUUUGGCAAGAAGGAAGCGACACGGGUGUGGUUCAAGAUGCCUUCUCCCCCUGGGCAGUAGCAACCGGGGGGCUGGUCUGUGCUCAGGCGUGGGGUCCAGAGUUAGGAUUCUGCCGCACAGGUCUCCCGGCUCAGCGCCCCCGCCUCCCUAGGAGGCUCGCCUCCUUUCUCAAUCUCUCUUUGUUUUGCCACGUCUUGCCUUUUCCUGACCGCAUUGUGACAGCUGACUCCCAUCCCGAGGGAGGUGACAUACCCAGCUGCCGCGGAAGAUGGUGGCUUCCACCUGGCUGUCUGAACAUCCCCAGCCCAGUCUUUUCCUUUACCACUCCUGUAUUCUGUCUGAAUCAUUCUCUGCUUCCCGGGCCAAAGCAGCCAUGGUAGAGACUGAACACAGGGCAGGCCCUGAUAGGUCAAAACCGCACUCCCAACGGCUUCGCCUGCCCCAGAGUAAGCCGAGGAGGAUCUACGUAUAAGACCCUGGCUUGAGAGACCUCGCCUUCAGUCGGCGUCUGCGCUCUGAGCCUGUGCCCUCGGAGUCCCAAAAAUGGCCUUGAGCCCACAGAAGCCCUUGGAGAAGACCCCCAUCAAAAGCUUGGCAUUGCCCUCUGGCACACGUGGGCCUUCCCAGGCCUCCUUGACACAAGAUGCUUCCCUGAGCUUAAUGAGGCCCCUUCUGAGGGAGUUUUUCCACGCUGCCCUUUACUUUCUCAGUCCCAUUUCAUUUCCCCCAUCCUGCUUCUAAAGCACGCGGCAAAUUCACUCAACAAAUAUUUAUUGAGUACUUACUUGUGUCAGGCACUAUCAUUAGGCUCAAGGAGAAAGCGUGGGGGGGAGCAGAGGGACCUGGGAAGAGCCCUGAGCCAGCCUUACAUCUCUAACCGCUCUGAGAACAUUUCCCAAUUCUCUCCAAUUAUCAGACAUUGCCUAGGGACGUCCCAGAGAGGGGCUUGGCUUGCUUAUUAGUUACCCCGGUGACACAUAUGCUCAGCUGCUUAACUGGUGCUGACCUGAGGCAGGACAAGAAACCGGAACAGUGUUUGCCUCUGUGGGCAAAAAUGGGAUGGAGAGAGGGCGGAGAGAGCCCUGCACCUGGGGCCCAGGUGACACAGUCAGCCACAUCCCCUCUGGGGCAGGCUGGUGGCCCACUCCAACUCCCCCUGAGAGCGAAGGCACACUUCGAAUGCACCAGGUUCUUUUUACAGUCCUGGGAGAGAAGCCACAGAACCUCGUUCCUGUCCUCCUCAGCCUGAGAGCCCCCAGCGUUUCUGGGCCAAGAGCUGGAGUGGCUCCGCCCUCUCCGGGCCACCUGGAAUUGGACUCAGGCAUCCCUGUCUUUGCAGGAACCAGGUGUCCCGAGAGCACUGGACAUACCUCAGAGAGAGAAUAUUUGUUCUGGGUUCUGUGCCUGCCUACAGACCCUAAGGGUGUGGCUUUAGGGCAGGGAAGAUGUGACCAGGCUUAUUAGCUUGUGGGCCAGCCAGGGUUUGUGGAGCUCUCCAUCCCACAGAUGUUCUGACCUUCCGCCGAGAGGCAGGCAGUGCCAGCAGGGAGGAGGGGAGCUGCAAAGCUGAAAUCUAGGGCACUGUUUCCUCCCCAUCCUCCUCUUCAUAGGGAAUAUAGACGUUUGUCUUGUCUGUCUUCAACCUACUUUUCCUUUUUACAUUUCGCAUCCUUUCUGUGCCACCUCUCCACCCAGGAGACCAUGUAGCAUGGUGGAAAAAGUCCUGGAGGGCAGUCAGGAGUUCUGGGUGGCCAUCCUGGCUCAACCCCUAACUCACCACGUGCCACUGAGCUAGUCCCAUUCCCGCUUCGGGGCCUCAGUUUCCUCACGUGCAAAACGAAGAGGAUAAAGCAGAGGGUCUCCGUGCCCUUUUGCCACUCUGCCAGCCUACAGAUCUUUGUUUUCCCUUCUUUUGCUUUCUUGGGGUCUUUUCCAUCUGAGGGUAUAGGAAGUGCCAAGACCUGUUUCAGUUUUUGAAUCCUGCAAGCACAUUCCAAGACUGGCCUGAAAUUGCAUGAACAACAUCACUCUAAAUAUAUACUUUUUUUUUUUUUCCAAAAGCACCUUCCCAACCAACUGCGAUGCUGUCCUGGUCCUUUUUACUCGCACCCUUCUCUCCUCUCUUGUCCCCGCGCUCCCCCACCUCAGUGCUCCGUGCUGUAUGCGUGUGCUCUCUGUUCUUGUAUACUCAAUAAAAGUGAAAUAAAUGUGUUUGAUGCUGAACCACAAA